AUGACCCUUUCUCCCCCGUGGACGGGCGCAUUAACGCUGUACCCAAUAUGGUCGCCCGACACCUACACUCCCACCCAUGGCAUCUUGCAAUUGCUUCGCUACGCUAACAACAUGCCCGCCGAGGGUACCGGUGCCUACUGGUUGAAUAAGGCCGGGGUCAACUUGAUGGGGCAUAUCCCUCCCUACAUCAUGGACUACGUCGUCUACUGGCAGUUGAACUUGUUCGGUGACUAUCCCAACCACGUCGACGUGGCGCCGCUGAUUGUGUUUAUUGUGGUGUUCUCGGUGCUCUUGUUCUUCCACACCCUCAUCUUCGCCAUCAAUUGCUCGCGAGCCCACUACUUCUGGAUCUCGCUCGGGUGGAUAUUCUAUUGUAUUUUGAAGAUUAUCGGGUUUUCGUUGCGCAUCAAGUGGCUGUCCAACAUCGGGUUAACCCAAACGGGGAUUGCCCUGGAGGUAUUUUUAAUCUUGCCCACCAUCAUCUUGGUAUCGUUCAACUUGAUUUUGGCCCAGAGACUCUUCACGUGGCGACACCCCGUGGGUGGUUCGAGACGUUUGUUCUGGAACACCAUGAUUGCCCUUUACGCGGUGGUGUUCGGUGUUAUUGCUUGGACCAUCGUCGCCCUGGCGGUGCCCUACCAGUACUACUUGAGUCUUAGUGCCUAUAAGCUGUACCAGAAGGCAGUGCAGGCGUCGUCAAUCUUGAUCUUACUCUAUACGUUCACGGCGUUGAUUUUGAUUGGGUUGCUGUACUUCUUCAAGCCCACGGCCAAGGAUGAAAACUUAUACACCUACCAGCCGUGGUGGAUCGAGCUGUUUGGCCCCUUCUACUUCGUGAAGAAGGGGGCUAAGCACGAGGCGGAAGAGACGUUCAUGAAGCGGGGCUCCAACCAGCGUCACGCCAUCAGAGUCAUCGCCGCUACUCACCACCACAACAACAUGGUGGAGGGGUUGUCGAACUCCAGAGGUAGUUUGACCCAUAAUUGGUCCAUCUGCAUUGUCACUGCCACCACUAUCUUGACAUUCAUCGGAUCGUUGUUGCGGUGUAUUGUUACCUUCCUCGACAGAUACCAGAAGGACCAGACCAGUAUCUCGAAGCGGGUGCCGAUGUACAUCACCUGGGGGGCGUUUGAAACCAUUGUCAACAUCCUCUUCAUCGUCGGGCGUGUCGAUCUCCGGUUCUACCGUCCUGACAGGCUUCCUAAGAAAGUUAGAGCCAUCAUCACCGCUGAGCAGUCGUUGGCAAACUCACGCGCCCAAUCCCGAGCCCACUCGAUGCGUUCGUCGUUUGACGACGAGUACGACACCUACGGCACCCACCCGAGACAGACGGGCUCCUUCGAGUUCACCGAUCACUACGAUGACAAGGACGAGGUCUACAGCGACGACUACUCGGCCGAUUACGAACGGCGGGCCCGCUCACGUACUAACCUGCCCUACGACAGCUACAGCGAGGAGGAGUUCGACUUCGACGCUGACGACGAUUACCCACACCACGGGCUGGUCCCUCUGUCGAAGAAACCGACGAGACGACCGCCGCCCCCUGAGGUCAACUUCGCCGACGACGUCCACAGUCUUGUCGACAGCGAACACGACGAUCUACCCGAGCAUGACUACGACCACCCUUACGCACGCACCCUCCGCCCGCCUUCGCGUAACGAGGACUUCCACUUCCCCCGCCGGCGGUCGCUGGACGAGUUCCAAUUCUAA